AUGCUCUCAGCUCAGGCUCAUGGCGUGUCGUAUACACACAUCACAUUUCUAACAUUUCAGGCGGUUGUCCAGGUGGUGAUAAUCUGUCUUGCUGGAUUUUGGGCGGCCAGAACCGGCUUGCUCAACGGAGCAGGAAUGAAAACGCUCUCGCGACUGAACGUUGACUUGUUCACACCAGCCCUUAUCUUCACGAAACUGGCGUCUUCGCUUAGUUUACAAAAGCUUAUUGAUGUGAUUGUGAUUCCGAUCUUUUUCUUGGUCACUACGGGAGUGUCGUUCCUCUCGUCCAAGGCGGCAGCCAGAGUGUUGAGGUUGGAUGUUCCAGAGUCCAACUUUGUGACAGCAAUGGCGGUUUUUGGCAAUUCAAACUCGUUGCCAGUCUCCCUGACCUUAUCUCUUUCCUAUACUCUACCAGGGCUCAAAUGGAAGGCCAUUGAGGGCGAUACACGCGAUGCCAUUGCCUCUCGUGGUAUAUUGUAUCUGCUUAUCUUCCAGCAACUUGGCCAGGUUUUGAGGUGGUCCUGGGGUUAUAACUCAUUGCUGAAGAGGCAGGUGCCGAAGGCUGUGGUUAACAGCGAUCAGUCUUCGGAAUCGGAUCUACUUGUGCCAAAUUCCGAUACAGCGUCUUAUGGCGCUCGCGAAGACGAAGAGGCCCAACUAAGAACGCCGUUGUCGGAUUCAAGUGAUUCCCUCUUGAAGCUUACCUCGCGCUCACUCUCCGAGUUUGCACAGCCCGAGAACACAUUCCGUUCGCGAUUGGUGCAGAUUUUUAGAGGAUUCCUUGCCUGGAUGAACCCUCCGUUGUGGUCCAUGUUUCUGUCUGUGUUCAUUGCCUCGGUUCCUGCAAUCCGCUAUGAGUUCUUCGAAUGCAAUGGAUUCAUUCAGAACACUCUCGCUCUUGCGAUCAAGCAGCUGGGGUCUGUCUCGAUCCCGCUGAUCCUAGUGGUUCUGGGCGCCAAUCUGGCUCCGUCCUCAGAAAUCCCCCCACCAAGUGCGCAUUACGCCAGAAUAAUCAUUGGGUCCCUUGUAUCACGGAUGGUCCUUCCAUCUCUGAUACUUCUUCCUUUGAUUGGGCUCUGUACGAAGUACAUAUCUCUUUCCAUUCUGAGCGAUCCGAUCUUUUUGAUCGUCUCAUUCAUUCUCACAGUGUCUCCUCCUGCAAUUCAACUGUCACAAAUCUGCCAACUCAACGAGAUAUUUGAGCGCGAGAUGGCGGGUGUUCUGUUCUGGGGCUACGUCGUGUUGACUCUGCCUACCACCAUUGCCAUUGUGGUUGCAUCGCUGGAGACGCUCAACUGGGCCCAGGCUGGAAAGAUCAUCGCGGAAUCUGGCUACUAA